GAUGCAGUGCAGCAUGCCUCUGAGGUAAUGCUGGGAAGUACGGUCAUAAACCAUCGACAGCAUGUUGGACUGCAGAAGCUCUCUGCACUGGCUGGAAUCACACACUCCUCUUUGGGCCCGAACAAAAAGUACAAGUUUAUCCAAGAUGACGCCAGUGGGGAGUCCGCUCUUGUGUGCUCCUGUUUCCGCAUCCUUGAGAACCUGGAUCUGACCUGCGCAGUGGGUCAGAUAGUUAACGAGACUGUUCGAGCCCACCAGAGGGUCUAUCAUACCGGGUCAGGAUGCCUGCUGUUCCUCGCCGGAGCAUGGAGUCGUGUCGCUCUGGAGUGCCUUCAGAGAGGAAUCUCAGUGGCGAACAUCAUCACGGCGAUGUCUGAAGGGAUGGAUAUAUGCAUCGAUGUUUGCAGAAAAUACAGUGUGUCAAUUGAUAGCCUUGGUAUGGAACAAUCACAGAGUAGCACUGCAAAAUCUAAUGGUUCAGGGCUUCAGCUGUCAAAUAAAUCCAUCAAGGAUGCUUCACAAGCUUUGUGGCAAAGCAAAGGGUCAAGAAAUGUUGGUCUUAACGUGAGUGGACAAAGAAAAGUAAAACUCAGCAGACAUUUUUGUGAAGCUAGAUCUGAAAAUGUCUCGACAGAACUGCAAAAUCCUCAGCCUAAACCUCCAGACGUUGCACACAUUGCAGAGUGUCUGAGUCAUGGUUGUGUGGACGCAAUGAGUUUGGUAGUUGAAGCCAGCCGAGUACAGUCCAAAAGCAGCCAACAAGAUACCACCUGUUCCAUGUUUGAUGUUUCUAAAGUCAUGACUUGUGUGCUGCCUGGUUUACCAGAGCAACAGGCGUGCACCGUACCGGGCUGCGUCCUUCUCUUAUCUGCCGAACAGGCCUCGGUUGCACAUCACUUGAAAGGAUAUCCCCUGAAGGUUGUUCUCAUUAAUGGAGAUCUAUCAGGAACUUAUCGUCAUCUUGGCUUUAAAAGGCCAUCGGAUAUGCGGCGUGUGAGUACAGAGACUGAUUUGCCGUGCUCAAGCAAAGAGGAAGUGUGGAUGGAAAAGGUUAUCACAGUUCUGUUGAGCCUGGAAGUGAACCUGAUACUAGUCAGCGGGCUUGUAAGUGAAAAAGUGAUUCAACGCUGUUCUAGACAUCACAUACUUGCGGUGGAAAAAGUAAAGGUUUCCGUUUUGAAAGCACUCGCUGAUUCAGCGGGAGCUGUCCCAGUGACUUAUGCCACGCAGUUAAGUCAGCACUGUGUUGGCACUGGAGUGAAGGUAGCAGUGUGGAGGGACCUCAGCAGCUAUGAGGCGAAAUCGACGAUAGCUGUGAAUAUUUUCACUGGAGGCCACAGCGAGUUGGUCACUGUGGUUCUCACUAGCUGUGUCGAGGGGAAGCUGCAGGCCCUAGAGGACCAGUUCUGGGCUUGUGCGUAUCGUUUACAUCAUGCACUGAAGGACAAAACCCUCCUGCCCGGUGCUGGAGUGGCAGAAAUGCUUUGUAUUCAUCGCCUCAAAAAGCAAGCAGAGAGGGACGCUACCCAGCAAACCAAGGCAGGAGCAGCAGCUAACCCUUACAGGAGUGUGAUAGUACACCUCAUGGCGGACGGGUUAAUAGAUUACAUAUCCACUGUAAUGGUUAACACUGGAAAGUUUUCCAAACCCCAGGCCAGGACUGCUGUGAGUCAGCAACUACAGGACUGCAAUGAUAAUCAGGACAUCGCUUCAAGUUUCUCACAGCUUUUCUUAGAAGGUGAAGAAGAGGAUGGGGUCGUUUCCUCACCUGUGAGAGCUGCUGAUGCACCAUCAGCUAAGGUGUAUGAUAAUCUGAGUGUGAAGCAGGAAGCGUGGAGGAAAGCCUUAGAUCUGGUUUUCUUGGUCUUACAGAGUGACUCAGAAGUUAUCACGGGCAUUGACCCAAAUGAGGCAGUGAAGGAGAAUCUGAUGCUGUUAUGACCUGAAUCUAAAGAACCGUCUGAAAAUGUUUACAAUACAACACAAUGUAUUUUUCUGAUUGGUUAAAAGAAUAAAGAGUUUUUGUAUUCUUUC